AUGCCACCAAGAAGACCUGCAUCUUCCCAAAACAGUCAGGCUAAUGAUGAUGUACCUCCAGUUGAGGGUUUGCCUCCCGUGAGUGCAGAAGGGAUCUAUAGGUAUCUUGGGACACUAGCUGGUUUAGUUGAACGCCAAGCUCGAGCUGUUGGGACUAAUGUUCAGGGACAGUCUUCAUCUUCUAGGGGUAGCUCUUUUGAUGACUUCAAGAAAUUGGGUCCUCCUUACUUUUCUGGUGCUACAGAUCCCACAGAGGUAGAGGCUUGGAUCCUUAAGAUGGAGAAAUUCUUUGGUGUCAUAGAUUGCUCUGAGGAGCAAAAAGCCUCUUAUGCAGCUUUUAUGUUAGAUAAAGAGGCAGAUCAUUGGUGGCGUAUGACUAAGAGACUUUUGGAGGAUCAGGGACCCAUAACAUGGAGACAAUUUAGGGAGGCUUUCUACAAGAAGUAUUUCCCUGACAGUGUUAGGCGGCAAAAGGUGGGAGAGUUUAUUCGUUUGGAACAGGGGGAUAUGACUGUGGCUCAGUAUGAGGCCAAAUUUACAGAUUUAUCACGUUUUUCCCCACAGUUGAUUGCUAUAGAGGAGGAAAAGGCAUUAAAGUUUCAGGAUGGGUUGAAGCCUUAUUUGAAGAACAAGAUAUCUAUUCUGAAGCUUGGUGUCUAUUCAGAGGUUGUUGACAGAGCCCUUAUAGCAAAGAAAGAUAAUGAGGAGCUUCAUCAGUAUAGGGAACAGCAAAGGAAGCGAAAUAGGAGUGAUGGUGCUCAUGGUAAUCAAGCACAAUGAAGGUCUACAUCAGGAAGAAAUCAGAAUAAAGGGAAGGCAGCGCAGAAUUUAGAUGGGGCUUGUCCUACUUGUGGUAAGAAGCAUGGGGGUAGGCCAUGCUAUAGAGAGACUGGAGCUUGCUUUGGUUGUGGGAAGCAAGGACAUUUGAUCAGAGAUUGUCCAGAGAAUAGGAAGUUCAUCACUAGAAAGCCUAAAGAGGAAAAUAAGGAGGAUAAACAGAAACCCAAAGCCCAAGGACGGGUGUUUGCUAUGACUCAUCAUGAUGCUCAGGCCACUUCUGAUGUGGUGACAGGUACUCUUAGUUCGGGUGAGGAGUGAUGGCUAGGCUGAGGAAUGGUCAUCAUUAGGAUUUGACUUAGGAUUUUAUGUUGGAUUUUGUUUAACUAUUAGUUAUGUUAUUUUGGAUCAUUUGGUAUUUGGAAGUUAUUUGGAAAUUGAAUUUUGAGGAUUUUAGAUUUUGUUUCCGCUACUCUGAGCAGGUAUUUGGUAAUUGGUAACAUCCAGUUACAAUAUGACUGUUUGGGUCAGAUUAUACUUUAAGCCUUCGGGUUUGAGGUGUGAAAUGACCGUCACACCCUUGGAGUGGGUCUUGGGGCGUGACAUCAACCAUGAGGAAGGUUACACAGAUGUUGGAGGGUGUAGUUGAAGUUUCUGUGCCCCCACGCCCCUUUGGAAUUUUUAUCAGUUCAUCUUGAAUUAUUGCACUUUUUUAUCAUGUAUGAAAAAUACAGUUUCCUGUGUUCUUGUUUA